CUGCCCAGCUAUAUCCCAGCUAUUGCAAUUCCGCAAUCAACAGUCCCAAGUCGUCUUUCCCCGCAUCCCGCGACACCAUGCUCUAUCCACACCUCCGUCAAUUGCUCCCCAGAGCGAAGAACCUCGCCCAACAUGCGCAGAGCUUCCGCGCGAACAGCAUAUUGACGAAACACAUUGUGCCCGCCGGCCACGGUUACGCCUUCGCGGUGAAGAGGGGCACACGGUUCCGCAUCGUCGACCUGCACGGCGAACAGGUCGUCGACUUCAUGGCCUGGGUAUCGACUCCACGAGCCUCCAACUCCAGACCCGAAGCCAAACCUCUUCCCACCUUCGAAAAGAUGUCAACGGCAUACACACGCUACCACCUCCGCGGGGUGACCCCUACGAUCGGCGAAGCCCUCUACUCCAACGCCGACCGCGCCCUCCUCCGCAUCACCGCUGACACAGUCAAAGUGCACGACAUGACAUUUAUGGCCUGUUUUCCCGCGCUCUACGAGAAAAAAGGCAUGCAUGGGCAUAGGAGUUGUGCGCAGAAUGUUUUCGAGGUGAUGAAAGAAUACGGUAUGAGGGAUAUACUGGAGGUGUCGGAGCCGUUUAAUUGCUUUCAAAAUACGCCGAAUUAUAGUCUCAAGGCGAUGGGGAGUAGUAAGCCGGGCGAUUUUGUAGAGUUUGAGGCACUAGAGGAGUUGGUGUGUGCUGUAAGCUGUUGCCCUUAUGAUAUCGAUGGGUUCAAUGGAGGCAACAUUACCGACGUAGCAAUUGUUAUAUCAGAGGAAAAGACAGGAGAGAUACAAGAGCAGGAAAAGACGAUUGCAUAA